ACAAAGAGACACAAUAAGGAAGUGGACUCUGACCUCAUGUGUCGCUCUCAAAACAACACUCGGCUGGAGGAGAGGACCGAAGAGUCUGCGGUUCUAUUGAACAGAACAGAAUAGAAUAGAACUUUCUUCCUGGGGCUGAGUAAAGAACCAUGAAGCUGGACGUGAAGAUUCAGAUGCUGAACUUCUUCUUUGAAGUUUUUAACUUCAUCUUCCUGGUUCUUGGUUUCAGUGUGUGUGGCAUUGGUCUCUGGAUCCUGUUUGAUGGCGGAAACCUACUGAACGUCGAUGCCUCAGACGAGCUGCGUGUUGUGGGGGCGGGGCUUAUGCUGAUUGGUCUGGUGGUGUUGGCGGUCAGCAUAGUCGGGAUCGUCGGAGCCAUGAAAGAGAUCAGAGUCCUGCUGCUCGUGUACAUGGGCCUCCUCAUCGCACUGGUCCUGGGUCAGCUGUUCGUCACACUGCUGCUGCUCAUUAACAGAGACAAGAUUGAACAGAGUCUGGAUCAAACCGUAAACCAGAUCAUCUUGUGGUACGAUGGACACAACAGGACGGACACACUGAUGGACCAAAUCCAGCGCUACGAAAGCUGCUGCGGCAGGAUGGGCCCUUCUGAUUGGCUGCAGAACUCCUUCCUGCAGAUCCAUAACUUGACCAAUCAGGACCUGCUUCCUUGUUCCUGUUUCAAUUCCAGUCGUCCCGCCAUCAACUCGCCGUGGUGCUCAGAGAGCCAGAACCUCACCGGACCCGUUUACGGGGUGGGAGGCGGGUCCUAUGAGCAGGGUUGCAAGCAGAAGCUUGUUGAUUGGCUGCAAGAAAACAUGCUCACACUCAUUGCCAUGGACACCGCACUCAUGCUGAUCCAGGUGGUCCAGUUUGUCUUCUCAGUGUAUCUGUACCGAGCGCUGGGCAGCAGAACCACCCCCAAGGAUCCGGAGCCCGGAGAGCACCAGGACCUCCAGGAUCAGAACUACGCCGACGUGGACCCUGACAACGGUGACUUUGGUCCCGCCCACGUGACACAUCGCCACAACUUAUACCACGACGCAGCCGACCUGGCUUAUCACCACGGCAACUGGGACUACACCUAAAUCUGGUUGAUGAUGAUGAUCUUCACUACGCCUCUCUGAGAUUUGACUCCUCAGGCAGAAGAACCAUCAGCUGACUUUCCUGUCCUCCUCCUCCUCUUCUCCUGGACUGACUCUGAUUGGUUCUCCUCAUUCCAGCUGACUGCUUCUCUCUAAAUACAAGUUUGUUGCUUUGGAUCACAAAAUAGAAUAGAUAAAUAAGAAUAUGAAGCUUUCUCCUUGAGGAGACAACAAGUUAACGACUUCCUGUUUAACAAUAACACUUUUAUCACAGGUCACAUGAGUAGAUGAUGAAUAGACUCACAGGUGAAUUAAGAGCUUGUUCAUUUAUUAACAAACUCGUUUUGGGGUUAAAUAUUCACGUUAAAUG